UUGCGCAUGCGCAGUUUAAGAUUUUUUAAAGCCGACUGACUGUCAUAUUACUCACGACACAUGCCUGAAUAUGAAUAAUUUAUAAUUAUAUAUUUAUAUUUCUAUGAAAGUUGUUCCCAAUUGGGCCCCGCACCUCCUUAGGCCGGUCCUGCCCCAAGUCUGGUUCAGUAAAAAACACUGACUCAAGCACUGGACCAACUAAACUUUAUUUUUAGAAUGAACAGCAAAUUCUAAUGCCUAAACCACCAUGGGUUCGAUCCUUGUCUCUGUCUGGCCAAGCCGUUCAGCCUUGUGCAAGCAGACAAACUCCAAAAGGUUACGCAGUCCCAAGCGUCCCCCCAGAAGAUCGACCGAUCUAAAAUGUCCACGAACUUUGAAGGGCCGAACUACAAAGGGGUGGUUGACAGACAGGAAACCAAGAGUAGGGAUUCACGGGUCCCUUUCAGAAUGGCAGGCAGUGACUAAUGGGGUGGUGGAGGAUGUUGUGAGAAUGCAGGGUGUCUUGGACAGGUUGGGUGAGUGGGCAGAUGCAUGGCAGAUGCAGUUUAAUGUGGAUAAAUGUAACGUUAUCCACUUUGGUAGCAAAAACAGAAAGGCAGAUUAUUAUCUAAAUGGUAUCAAGUUGGGAAAAGCGGAAGUAUUAUAGGAUCUGGGGGUCCUUGUUCAUCAGUCUAUGAGCAUGCAGGUACAGCAGGCAGUGAAGAAAGCGAAUGGCAUGUUGGCCUUCAUAACAAGAGGAGUUGAGUAUAGGAGAAAAGAGAUCCUCCUGUAGUUGUACAGUGCCCUAGUGAGACCCCAUCUGGGGUAUUGUGUGCAGUUUUGGUCCCCUAAUUUGAGGAAGGACAUUCUUGCUGUUGAGGGAGUGCAGUGUACGUUUACAAGAUGAAUUCCCGGGAUGGCGGGACUGUCAUCGGGACUGUUAGAUUAUGAAAGAAAACUGGUAGGGAACAUAAAAACUGACUGCAAAAGUUUUUAUAGAUAUGUGAAAAGAAAGAGGUUAGUUAAAACAAAUGUAGGUCCCUUGCAGUCAGAAACAGGUGAGUUGAUCAUGGGGAAAGGAUAUGGCGGACCAAUUGAAUAACUACUUUGGUUCCGUCUUCACUAAGGAAGACAUAAAUAAUCUGCCGGAAGUAGCAGGGGACCGCGGGUCAAAGGAGUUGGAGGAAUUGAGUGAAAUCCAGGUUAGUCGGGAAGUGGUGUUGGGUAAAUUGAAUGGAUUAAAGGCUGAUAAAUCCCCAGGGCCAGAUAAGCUGCAUCCCAGAGUACUUAAGGAAGUAGCUCCAGAAAUAGUGGAUGCAUUAGUAAUAGUCUUUCAAAACUCUUUAGAUUCUGGAGUAGUUCCUGAGGAUUGGCGAGUAAACGGGUCCUUUUCACAAUGGCAGGCAGUGACUAGUGGGGUACCGCAAGGCUCAGUGCUGGGACCCCAGCUAUUUACAAUAUAUAUUAAUGAUCUGGAUGAGGGAAUUGAAGGCAAUAUCUCCAAGUUUGCGGAUGACACUAAGCUGGGGGGCAGUGUUAGCUGUGAGGAGGAUGCUAGGAGACUGCAAGGUGACUUGGAUAGGCUGGGUGAGUGGGCAAAUGUUUGGCAGAUGCAGUAUAAUGUGGAUAAAUGUGAGGUUAUCCAUUUUGGUGGCAAAAAAGGGAAAGCAGACUUAUAUCUAAAUGGUGGCCGAUUAGGAAAAGGGGAGAUGAGGCGAGACCUGGGUGUCAUGGUACACCAGUCAUUGAAAGUAGGCAUGCAGGUGCAGCAGGCAGUGAAGAAAGCGAAUGGUAUGUUAGCUUUCAUAGCAAAAGGAUUUGAGUAUAGGAGCAGGGAGGUUCUACUGCAGUUGGUGAGACCACACCUGGAGUAUUGCGUACAGUUUUGGUCUCCAAGUCUGAGGAAGGAAAUUAUUACCAAAGAGGGAGUGCAGAGAAGGUUGGAUAGACUCGGCUUGUACUCGCUAGAAAUUAGGAGAUUGAGAAGGGAUCUUAUAGAAACUUACAAAAUUCUUAAGGGGUUGGAUAGGCUAGAUGCAGGAAGAUUGUUCCCGAUGUUGGGGAAGUCUAGGACAAGGGGUCACAGCUUAAGGAUAAGGGGGAAAUCCUUUAAAACAGAGAUGAGAAGAAUCUUUUUCACACAGAGAGUGGUGAAUCUCUGGAACUCUCUGCCACAGAGGGUAGUUGAGGCCAGUUCAUUGGCUAUAUUUAAGAGGGAGUUAGAUGUGGUCCUUGUGGCUAAGGCGAUCAGAGGGUAUGGAGAGAAGGCAGGUACGGGAUACUGAAUUGGAUGAUCAGCCAUGAUCAUAUUGAAUGGUGGUGCAGGCUCGAAGGGCCGAAUGGCCUACUCCUGCACCUAAUUUCUAUGUUUCUAUGUCAUAUGCUGAGAGAAUGGAGUGGCUGAGCUUGUAUACUCUGGAAUUUAGAAGGAUGAGAGGAUAUCUUUUUGAAACAUAUAUGAUUGUAAAGGGUUUGGAUAUGUUAGAGGCAGGAAACAUGUUCCCGAUGUUCGGGGAGUCCACAACCAAGGACCACAGUUAAAGAAUAAGGGGUAAGCCAAUUAGAACGGAGAUGAGGAAACACUUUUUCAUACAGAGAGUUGUGAGUCUGGAAUUUUCUGCCACAUAGGGUGGUGGAGGCCGGUUCUCUGAUACUUUCAAGAAAGAGCUAGAUAGGGAUCUUAAAGAUAGCGGAGUCAGGGGAUAUGGGGAGAAGGCAGGAACGGGGUACUGAUUGGGCAUGAUCAAGUUGAAUGGCGGUGCUGGCUCGAAGGGCCGCAUGGCCUUCUCCUACGUCUAUUGUCUAUUAUCCCAUUCGCAUCCCAUUCAGCUAGAUGAGAUUCAUCAUUUCGCUUCCCAGUAAUCAGGAGUUGAACAUUCUAUGUGAAGUAGUGAGUCACUUGCAUUUCAUCCAAUCUUGUGUACUGCAUUUGGUGUUCACAAGGUGGUAUUAUUUAUUUUAUUUAGUUUAGAGAUACUAGAUACUGCGCGGAAAUAGGCCCUUCGGCCCACCGAGUCUGCACCGACCAGUGAUCCCAGCACAUUAACACUAUCCUACACAUACUAGUGACAAUUUACACUGAUACCAGCCAACUAACCUGCAAACCUGUACGUCUUUGGAGUGUGGGAGGAAACUGAAACUGAAAAUCCACAUGGUCAUGGGGACAACGUACAAUGUCUGUACUAACAGCACCUGUAGUCUGAAUCAAACCUGAGUCUCGGGUGCUGCAAGCGCUUUAGGACAGCAAGGUUGCAAAUAUCGAACAAAUCUAUAUUUGCGCACGCUACAUUGGAGAGAAAUAUAGAUUUAGUGAUUCUGAGUGAUCCUGGACUUCCUGUUGCAUGCUAUUUUAUUUUUUAAUCCCAAUCCAAUUCGUACCUGUCUGUGUCCUCAAUACUAUAAGGACGUUAAAGAUAAACUAAACAACAUUUUUCCUUCUGUGUGGGCAUUUGGCAAUUCUUUUGAAUGAACAUUGAAUUUUACAACUUCAGAUAAAACCGCUCUAUUAUUGUUCCCCAUUAUCAUGCUUGUGUUCUGUUCUUAUCACGUUCCUUUAAAAUAUCAUGCGAAUGGGCAGUGCCCGUCCUCCUCAUAAAUGGAUCUGUUGACUUACAAAGCAUGUGCACUAUCUUGGACUGCCAACUUGAAAUUUACAUUAAUGUGCAAGUAUCGUGGGCAAGGAGUACCAAAACCAGAGUGCUGUGAGCAUACAACAUGGAAAUAGUCUGUAGGGAGCUAUAUUUUUGCGUGAACAGUAUUUAGUUUUGGGUUGUGUUAAAAGAGAUGUGGUAUAAUCUGCAGUUGGCAGCAGUUUAAUAAAGUGAAAUUGCAGCAUGACUUUGAUCAGCAGAGGGAGCCAUUUGACUUUGUGUGAACGUGCAGAUGUUUAGAAAAUCUCAGCUACAUCCUCCUUAAUCUUUGCAUGGUUUCCGAGUGCAUUCAAAUUUCUGCACUACAACUAAAUUGGUUCCUAAUUUAAAGACAAGUUGUGCUUUACUCAUUACUGCCCAGGAGGCAGUGGGCCAGGUGCAAAGGCAUCGUGAGGUCAGCAGCUGGGCAAGCUUAAUAUUUUUUUUUUAAUGUCAGUUUGGUUAUAAAUUUUAGUGAAUAUCUCGGGAAAUAAUUGAUCAAAUGUAUAGAGGUUUGGAUUUUUGAAAUCAUAAGGAAAAUUUCUACCAGAAGAUGUAAAAAUGUAACUGUUAUUGUGACAUCAGCAGCUGGGCAGUGGUCAGAUUUAAAAAAAAAUGUCAGGUUGGUCAACAAUUUUAAUACAAUUCAGGAAAAAAAUCUACCAAAUGUACAGAGGAGCGGAUUUCUAAAAUCACAAGGAAAAUCUCUACUGAAUUAUGUAAAAAUGUUCCCGUUUCGGCAUCUGGUUUUCGAGGAAAUACGUUUCAAAGGCAAAAUCUCACAAACACGCCCACACACGCACGCCCACACACGCACGCACGCCCACAC